AAACUUCCCAGAGACGUUGAUGCGGCAGCAACUGUUCCACAGAUUUGCAGGAGAGCCUCUGAGAGAGGGAGAGAGAGUUUAUAGAGAGAAAAACUAGAGAGAGAAAGAGAGAACGUACGGGGUUGGUGCUCCGGUUUGUUUUCGUUUCGGAAUUUGGCAAGAUCCAGAGGCCGAAAUUUCGCCGGCUUUCACUGUUCCAUACGUUCUCAUUUUCGGUUCCUUUUCGGCGACUCUGUCAAAGAUUGAGCUUCAGAAAAAGUUUUGAAAGCUAGGUUUUCACCUCCAAUGUCGAAUUCAAUGCGCGAAAUUUGAUUCAGUUUACGCCAAAUGUGGGUGGAGGUUCCAAUGCAAUUACGAGGAGAGCCCGGAACUUGAGCCUGCAGAUCAAGCUCACUCUGGGGAACAGCUGAAAAGACGGCGUUUGGUUGUCGGGAGCGGACCUGAACUAUGUUGGAGAAGGAGAUUUUUUUGGAAAGUACGGGUAAAAAAGAAGAAGAGACAAAUAAGAUGUAAGAACUAAGAAGAUAUAUGAUUUAUAGAAGAAAGGACAGAGUCUGGUAAGCUGGGGACCCAUGACUGAACACAAUUCCAGUCUUCACCAGCCACAAAAAUUUGAUAAGAAUAAAACGCAGUUACUUGGGUUCUAAGCACAGCUUGUUGUUGCAGAUAACGUGGGUACAAAAAAGGUUGGGCUUGAUUUUUAAUUUUUGGAAAGUGCAACAACCCUGUUCUAACAUCUAACCAACUUGCAUUUUUGGAAAGCAAGUGUAAACUGUAAGUACUCGAGAUUGUUUUUGGUUCUUUAAGAAAUUUAAAGUUAUGGGUUUGAUUUGUUUUAACUGGUGAGUGGUCUGAGAACAAAGGGAGGGGGUGAAAUGGGGGCACUAAGUGGGGAGGAGCUGGCACGGUGGGAGAAGAUGCAAGCGGCGACUGCUCGUGAGGAGAAGAUUCUUGUUCUGGUUAGGCUGAGGCCUUUGAGUGAGAAGGAGAUUGCAAGGAAUGAAGUUUCAGACUGGGAAUGCAUCAAUGAGAACACUGUCUUGUUCAGGAAUAGCCUGCAGGAGAGGUCCAUGUUCCCAACUGCAUAUUCAUUUGACAAAGUAUUUCGAGGUGACUGCACCACGAGGCAGGUGUAUGAGGAAGCAGCCAAGGAAAUCGCUCUUUCAGUUGUCAAUGGUAUUAACUCGAGUAUCUUUGCAUAUGGGCAAACUAGCAGUGGAAAGACAUACACCAUGAUUGGAAUAACUGAAUACACAGUAGCAGACAUAUAUGAUUAUAUACAAAAUCAUGAGGAAAGGGCAUUUGUUCUUAAGUUCUCUGCAAUGGAAAUCUACAAUGAAGCUGUCAGAGACCUCCUUAGCACAGAUAAUCUUCCACUUAGGCUCCUAGAUGAUCCAGAGAGAGGGACUAUUGUGGAGAAAUUGACUGAGGAAACUCUGAGAGACUGGAGCCAUCUAAAGAACCUUCUAUCCAUUUGUGAAGCUCAAAGACAGAUAGGGGAGACUUCCCUGAAUGAAACAAGCUCCCGAUCUCAUCAAAUUCUAAGAUUGACAAUUGAAAGUUCUGCUCGUGAAUUCUUAGGCAAAGGCAACUCUACCACCCUUGCAGCCAGUGUGAAUUUUGUUGAUUUGGCGGGAAGUGAACGGGCAUCUCAAGCAAUGUCAGCUGGGGCAAGAUUGAAAGAAGGUUGCCACAUAAAUCGCAGUCUAUUGACCCUUGGAACGGUCAUACGGAAGCUGAGCAAGGGAAGACAAGGACAUGUCAAUUAUAGAGAUUCUAAGCUAACACGGAUAUUGCAACCCAGCUUGGGAGGCAAUGCUAGAACUGCCAUUAUCUGCACUUUGAGCCCUGCACGAAGCCAUGUUGAGCAAUCUAGAAACACUCUGUUGUUUGCUAGCUGUGCAAAAGAAGUCACUACAAAAGCACAGGUCAAUGUGGUCAUGUCUGAUAAGGCCUUGGUAAAGCAUUUACAAAAAGAAUUGGCCAGAUUGGAGAGUGAAUUGAGAAGUCCAGCCCCUGCUUCUUCAACUUGUGAUCAUACAGCAUUACUGAGAAAGAAAGAUCUUCAGAUUGACAAGAUGGAGAAAGAGAUAAGAGAGUUGACUAAGCUACGUGACAUUGCUGAAUCUCGGGUUGAGGAUUUGCUACAAAUGAUUGGAAAUGAUCAAUCUUCAAGUCAAUGGACUGGAAUUCGUAAUGAUCCUAAAUCACAGGUAGGCAUUAAAUGGGAAGAUGAUUGUUCAGUAUCAGAGGCUGAUCCUGGUUGUCGGGAUAUAGGUGUCAGAAGCUUCAAUACAACUCAGUAUUCUGGCAGAGGCAGUGGGAGUAAUACUCAGGAAAAAUACCAUCAGCUUCCACAGUACUCUGAAGGCCAUUCUCCAUUUGAUGGACCUUCUUCACCGAUAUCAGUUGGAAAUGGGUUUGUUAGGCCAGAUCCACGUUGUGGUCAGGAGGAAAUUGCACUUGAAGCUGGGGAAGAUCCUGAUGACCUUUACAAGGAAGUUCGAUGUAUUGAGAUAGAAGAGUCCAGCAAGCACAAGAACCUCAAGUCCCUUGAUACAUCAACUGGUGAAAAUGAAGGUAUGGCAGUGUCUGGGAAUGGAGAUGUAACAGAUGGGGAAAUCAUAUCAGCCCCAACGAAGGGAGAAAGAGAAGUUAGUCACAUCCAAAAUGGUUUUACAUAUGGUGCAUUGGAGCAGAAAAUCCAGGAUGUUCAAAAGACAAUUGAAUCUCUUGUCAGUCCUUACCCUGAUGAACCAUCUCCCUGGGCACUGGAUGCAGAUACACCAAGUUCUAGAAGCUUGACAUUGACUAGGAGCUGGAGUUGCAGAGCGAAUCUCAUGACUGGUUCGUCUUCUCCCUGUGAGAAGGUAGAACAAAGACUGAGUACUCCACCUAGUGGAUUUGAGAAAGACUUUCCUGGAAGACCAGAAAGUUUCCGAAGGAGGCAUCCUCCAUUAAACUAUGGUGCCAACAUGCCAAGGUUGUCAAGAACUGAUUCGCAGUCUUCUUUUGGGAGUGCUUUUGUUGACGAGCUAAAAGCAGAGAAGACUUCUGCAGACGAGGAUAUUACUAGCAUCCAGACUUUUGUUGCAGGUCUGAAAGAAAUGGCUAAGCUUCAAUAUGAGAAGCAACUUGUUGAUGGUCAGGUUGAGGAGACGGGGACAAGAGCUGAUAAGCUUGAAAAGAAUGUAAAAGACGUGGGCUUGGAUCCAAUGCAGGAAGGAACUCUUCCAGAUUGGCCCUUGGAGUUUGAAAGGCAGCAGAGGGAGAUAAUUGAACUUUGGCAAACUUGCAAUGUUUCAUUGAUCCACAGAACCUAUUUCUUCCUGCUCUUCAGAGGUGAUCCAAUGGAUUCCAUUUACAUGGAGGUAGAGCUUAGGAGACUUUCCUUCCUCAAAGAAACUUUUUCUCAGGGAAACCAGUCUCUGGAAGAUGGUCGAACUCUCACACAGGCUUCAAGCAUUAGGGCUCUUCGCCGUGAGAGGGAGACGCUGAGCAAGCUGAUGCACAAAAGAUUCUCAGAAGGGGAGAGAAAUAGACUUUUCCAGAAGUGGGGUAUCAAGUUGGACUCGAAGCGGAGGCGGCUGCAGCUGGCCCAGCGCCUGUGGAGCAACACGACAGAUAUGAGCCACGUCAAUGAGAGUGCUGCCAUUGUUGCAAAGCUGAUCAAGUUUGUUGAGCAAGGACAGGCCCUCAAGGAGAUGUUCGGGCUGAGCUUCACACCUCAUCGCACCAGGAGAAGAUCAUAUGGCUGGAAACACAGCAUGGGGUCCCUUUUGUGAUGAUCCUUUCUUUAUGCCAUACAGCAUUUCUUUCUGCAUUGGAAUUGAAACAGAUUGCCUAGUGUGUAACAGAACGCUUAGAAUUUCUUUUGUUAGUUUGUCAGGUUACAAGUUAAAAAUUGUGUUUCGGCAA